AUGCGAUUUGGCACAUUUUUUAUGGUGAAAGCAAAGCUGGGUAAGAUGAAAUGCUUGUUUUAACUUUACUCUUUUAAUUCAAAUCUAAAUCAUGGAGAAAUCUGGUCGCCACUUUGGUGACUAAACUAGAAUUUUUAGCCGCCAAGGAGAAAAUGUCAGUCGCAUUGGCGACCGUAUCAGUCGCAACUUCGAGCCCUGCCAAAUGAUAAUUAAGUUGUUCCCCCUUCUAAGAUCUGCCUGGUUCUUAAAUCUUUCUGCCUUAUACAUUGUAGCUCUAACAAACGGUUUCGUUAAGGUUGGUCCACAUGCAAAAGUUUUUUUUUAAAAGGACUAAUCACUCACUUGCUUAAUUAAAAAUGAGUGAGUUCUUCCCAACUUUGUGAGGAGGGAUGGGUUCAGCCAAAUGUUUUCACUAUAGAGUCCAACGUCGCAGCAAUUAUGACCAAGGUUGCAAUAGUCUUAGAUAAUUGUACAGUAAGUGAUCACAUUUUCACUUUUAGCUUUAGGUAUAGGAGGGCUCUUUUUCUAACCAUAGAAAUUACCUUCUUUAUCUGAGUCUUCAGUCACAUCUCUUCGUCUCUUUGCCGCUUGCAUGACAGUAAGUUGAAAGGGCUUCACACAAACUGGACAAUUAAAUUAAAGUUUAAAUAUUUAUAAGUAAAAGAAAAUUCCAAAACAACUAUGACAAGUAACACAGUCGUCAUGACCACAAGAAAAAUAGUCAGUCAGUGGCUACAAGUUUUAAAAAAAGCUGGCUUGGGUAGGAGCAUUAACCAUCCACAAGUAUGCUUGUGAAUUUAAUUUUUAAGGAAGUUUUGGUUCACAGAUCGGGAGUCAGACUGAAUUUUAAUUUGCAAUUUGUCGCUCUGCCAUUGGUCAAGCCAGUUGUUUGAUUCUUUUCUGUGGGCUAUUCCUUCCUCCCACGCACGUCCUUUAUUCGAUCAUUCCCUCACGCCAUCUCUCACUACCAACGUUUGUCAACUUUUGCACGAGUAACCAAAACCAUGUAAUUGAUUAUCGAAUCAAAGAGUCACUAAAUUUCCCUUCUUUGAGUACUAUAUCGUUGUUUCCUGCCCAAAUACGUUUCAGAGCGCUUUAAGGAAAGAAGCACAACACAACAGGCACUUUUAAGCUAAUGUUAUUCAAGUAUGCGAUGCAAAUGAGCGUACAUGUAAAAAAGCGGCGAAGUAUUUUAAAGUUUAACCUCAGGGGACCUGAUACGAUACUUGCACACGAUAAGAAGACACAGUAUGCUUAGAUUUCACAUGAAAAAGAAACUUCGAUUCUUACCUUGACAAGCAACGCAUGCAUUGCAAUGCAGAAAAUCUACUUUUCAGAGAACACCAACAAGAAACCAAGCGAUGUAACUUGAUGAAGUUGUAUGAUGGGAUAGAUACUUGCUGAGAUAAUCAACUUGGCUAAUGUUUUCAGGUUUGCCCCAAGCUACAAAAAGCCGAAAAUUUACCGUUGAAAGGGAUAAAGACAGCGACACACUUCGUAACUUCCACACCGACGUCGAUGUAACCACGACCUAACUCACCUGGGAGUGCUUCGACUGUCGAUGUCUCUGACAAUAAAUUGUCUUCGCAUUCAUUGGCUCAAAAGUGUCCCAGACGUAUCAAGACGAAAAAUUUAGAAUCUGGAUCUGGAAUUCUAGGUUAGUUGAAUCAUGUUUGAAUGGACUUACAUUGUAAGUUUUCGUCCCAUGUAAUAUCUAUACUAGCGUCACAAAUAAAAGGAAAAAAAAUAAUUUAAGCUGAAAAGUAAAAAAAAAAUGCAUCCAUUUGUGUAUUCCGAAAAUCGCGUGUUACAUUUAACAAUUAUUCUUUGAAAUCGAGGUGAAUAGUGGCUAUAUUUACCGAGCCGCGAAAGCGGCGAGGUAAAUUUUCCCAAAGCCACUAUUCACCGAGAUUGAAAAGGAGGCAAGGAGGUGAAUAUUGUUGAAUAGUCCGAGAUAGCGAACCAAUCAGAUUGCUUAAAUCACCAAGAUCACUGAGUGUGUAUAUACUAAGUAAUUUUAUUUUACAUACUGUAUUUUAUAGUUUUGUUCAGAGGGAAACUAGAGGAAAGGUAUAAGCAUGUAAGCGAGGAGACGGGAGUUAAAUUCAUAAAAAGGAACUGAUUCGUUUACCCUGAAAGGAGUAGUUGUUGUGCAGUUUAAUAUCAUAUCACUUUUCAGUGAGCUUGACAGAUUCUGACACAGCGAUGGUUCCAAGAAUAAGCCGUGAAUACGCAAACAACAAGAUGCUUUUGUAAAAAUUUUAACAUUGCAUUGAAAGGAUAAAACAGAAUAAGAUGGAUGAUAUAAUAGUCUCGAAAGCACUUGCCUGUGUUUGCCUUUUGUUUUUCUUUUCUACAAACGGGUUUGCUCUCGCAAAGCUAUAGACAUCAGGGCGAGUGACGAGAAGAGGGCUUUCUGGACAAAGUUUUUGCAGAACUCUUAAGCCUAAAGGACCCAGCCCUUUACACCCUUUUGAUAUCUAUACCAGUUCUGACCAAACAGAUCACCGGUCAUAUGGAUGGCAUAGAAUUUACUAAUACACAGUAAUGUGAUUUUCAUACUUUCUCCAAUGAUGAAUAACGAUUUAAAUAGCAAAAUAUCUGUGGCUGCCACGUUUAAUUAACGUAUACAGCUCCUAGUACAUGUUCUUGUAACAAAGGAAAAACAUUCUUCCUCGCCCAUCCCUCCCCUUUUUACGGACUUUCAGUUGCUCUUAAAAUUAAACAACUGUUUUUACGCUAGAAUUCCAGAGUAAAUUUUAAAAAACAAACAGUUUAGAUUAUUUUUUUAGACUGUUUCAUGGCGUAUGCGCUCAAUUCAGAAAAGUGAGACUCGAUCUGAAUCCCCGACGACGUUUCCCUGUUAUGAAUCCAGUCCGGAGUCAAAUUUUACUUUUGUCCCAAAUCAUUCCUCUCAAUACAAAGGGUCUUUGAAUUCAAGGUCAAACAACUUCCCGUAUCAAAGGCCACUAUUUCACACCUUGUAAGCACGCUGGUAUGUUCAUUUGUACUACACAUGUUGAAAACCGAUAGCUAUUGUAGUUUCCAACAAAAUUGUUACGGGCGAGCAAAAGCAAGCUUAGUUAUCGGCAGCACAUGUCGUGUUUAAUAACGGAAAAGCUGGAAGCUAUUCCAACUGGUCAACCACUACCUGCAGAGCGGGCGUCUGAUGACGUUAAACUUUCUACCUGCCAGAUACGCACGAGUGCAGGCGAAGGGGAGCAUGUGUUCGCCUCGGGGAGAUUGGUUGUGUGGAGGAAAAAGGAAUCAUUAUUGGCCAACGUCAAAGAGUCGAUAGUGUGCCGAUUUUCAGAAAAUCUUUACAUCACGAGUGAUUCAGUUGUGAGAAUCCGAAUUGUAACAAAGUCAAGGCACGCCUUGAUAGUGAUGAAAAUAGAAAUGUUUUAUUCCGGAGUUCACUUAGCAUGAUAACCUUGACGAUAGCAGUUCAGGAUUGCAUAAGCGUGGGCGAUCACAUGAUAAGAUCGGGUUUCAACAAGUCUGUUGUUACAUCCUUUCUCUUUUGUCAAAAAAUGUAUAUAUAUAUAAUAUAUGGAUGUAUUAAUAAUCACAGGAGUUCAGGCUUCAGGAGUAAUCAUUGAUCGUUUAACGACAACGAUGUUUGAAGGUGCCGAUGAGUGUGGUCCCACACUCAUCAGGCGGACCAUUCGAAACAGCACUGUCGCAAUAAACGAUCAAUGAUUACCCUGAAGCCUGAACUCCUGUGAUUAUUAAUAGUCAAUGCUCUUCAAUUAAAUGAAUUGAGCGCUCUACGAAAUACGUUCUACCCAGAAUACAAGUGAUAUAUAGAUGUAUGUAUACAUACUUAUACUAGACUGUUCCGGUCGAUGAAGCUAUAUUCUAUACUGAAUUGUUCUUGAUAAAAAAAAAAUCAAAUGUCUCUUGUUACCUAGCCAAAAUACUAAUUCAGUUUAGUAUAAUUACAUUGAUGAUUAUCGAAAAUAGAGCGCUAUGAUUGGCUAGGAGCUUCGCUUCAUCCCGCUAUAAUCACCGCGCGGUGGCUAUAACAUUGAAGGCUAGCAGUUUUCCAAAAUGGUAGCCAGAUUUGUUGAUGUUUCGGACUCGGAAAUUGAUCAGUAAUUUUAUUUUCUCGAAUAAUCAUAAAUGUAAUUAUACUAAAACAAUUAGUCGCCUCAGGCGACUAAUUGUUAAAUAGAAUAUAGCUUGAAUAAGCGUGGGCGAUCACAUGAUAAGAUCGGGUUUCAACAAGUCUAUUGUUACACGAAUCAGUGAAGAAUGUACUUUAAUUGCCAAUCCUAUACUAUUUUCCUCUAUUGCAUAACUGUUCAACACACGGAAACGCUAACAAUUAGUAUUUAUUUUGAUUCUUGUCUUGUUUUCUUUGAUUAAAAAAUGGCGUGUUUUUUUGCCGGGUUCAUUUUUGACUUCCCAGUUAAUGUUUGAUUUCCGAAAUUUAUCCCUUCUCUAAAAUGGCACUUUUGAUUUCAAAUGCGUUCUGAAUACAGGGCUAAUGGGACUGAGGAAGCCAAGAGCUGGGAAUGCAAAGUACGGGAGGUUGGGACAUCCCUGCCCCCCAUGGGUACUGUAUGUCUUUAAAAGAUUUUUGUCCUGUAGGGAAUGAGAAAUCGCUCUUUGUUAUCUUGCUCAGUAAUCUAAAUGGGUGAUUCUCAACUAAAUGCCACUUGUUCGUUAGAAUCUUUUAGACACCGGUGGGUUGCGUUGUGUAACAAAUUUCAUGAAUCUGAUUUCUUUCCUUUUUUUUCUUUUUUUUUGAGGUCUUCUGUGGUUAGGGUUUAGGAAAUUGUCUCGUAAAAAAUAGUGAUAAAAAUAAAACCGAAAAAGAGUAUGUUUCAAAACUUGAAUUCCAAAACUCCAACCAUUGUCUAGUGUCUAGUCUGUCCAAUAUCGUCUCCAGAGCCACUCGACUUCAUGUGACCCAGAGCAGAAACGAUGGGGACUGGAGACAUGAAUGGGAGCUGCACCUGGUUUUCAGUUCUGAAGCCCAAAUCAAUGAGAAUGUGUAAGUUAUUCGUGUCAUCUCCGCUACACGUAUGAAGAACAUAUGUACCUAGAUAGUCCGCUUGAGCCUGAAUUACAUAUUAAUGAGUUUCCAAGAUUUCUUUUGGGAGAAAGCUAGGCCAAUAUAUAUAAAAUAUGUGCAUGACGGUUCGAAAGCGUCAAAUCCACCCCAAAAUUCACCUGCUCACUCAGGGGUAACGAAGUCAUAAAAAGCUAUUAUACUGACAUCAAAAAGCAAAUAAGAAUGCUAAGCUUAAUUAAUUUUUUGGUCUUUUAGCUACCUUGGUGUAUAAUACAUUAAGUACAAUUGUGUACUCCCGAGAAAAAAGCUAAGAAAGUAAGAUAGCAGGAGAUCCGAAUCAGCUUUUACAACUCAAGGCAAAAAUUCGUCAGUACGAUAGCCAAUUUUGUUACGACGAUUUGCUUGCUUAAUGGUCUGCUUAUGCUCUUAACAAUCAUGGGCAACGUUCUCGUGUUGACCGCAAUGUUACCAACUCCUUCUCUUCGUUCACUAUCCACAAUUUUCUUAUGUAGUCUCGCUGCCUCACAUAUCCUGGUCGGGUUCGUUGUACAACCGAUCUACAUUGGAUUCAGACUUAACCCGGGACCGGAAUUAGAACACUUAGCCUACAUCUUCGUCUCUUUGGCCUGUAGUGUUUCUUUUUGUACGAUGACGGCCAUCAGCGUGGAUCGGUUUAUGGCUCUUCAUUUUCACUUACGAUACCCGGAUAUGAUGACCAUUAAACGCGCUGUAAACAUAUCACUAAGUCUUUGGUUCUUGGCCUGCACAACAUCAUGUAUUAGAUUGUAUUAG